UUUCCAUCACCGCCAAAAGCAAGUUCCUUUUAUGUGACUUUGCUUCCUUCCUUCUCUCCUUCCAUUCUGCCAUGGACCUCGAAGUAGACUGAAAAGGCCACCACAUUUCCAUUAUCCUAUACCCGUCCAAAGGUGCCUCACCAAGACCUUCUACAAAAGAAAUGCUGCUAUGAUAACGGUCAGAGCAAAGCCAUUUGGCCAAAAGUGUAGCAGUUGCUCUGCCAAAGCCUGUCUCAAUCUUGGGGAAAGGAAGAAACACUGGCUUUUUUUUGACAUAGAAAAGCUACAAAACUUAGGAAACUAGGUGAAGAAAGUAAAAAAGCAAUGAAGCCUUCUAGUCACACUCCCAUGGAACCCAAAACUCCAGAGCAAGCCUCUGUUUUCCCAUCAAAUUCAGACUCACCAUUAGAAGAUGACUCGAGCUACUGCAGCACAAACAGAGCAGAUCCAUUUGGAGGAGAUGGCGUUCCUGAUCCACUCUGCAAGCUGAACCUCAAGGAGACCUCGGACUUUGUCCGGGCAUUUCCAAGGGCAACAAAGAGCAGCAGUGAGAACAGAGGCCAUAUUGAAGCCUCAGCUCGAAGGAGUGAAGGAAAUGGCUCGUAUGAGCAAAAGAGGGAGUUUGAAUCUCCUUCCACUCCUGGGAGACCGGUCUUCGGCUUCAGCGGUGGAAGAAAGAGCAUUCCUUCCAAGUGGGAUGAGGCGGAGAAGUGGUUGAUCAGUACCUCUUCCUGCCAUCAGUCCCUGGCCCACGCGACGAAACCAUCAGAUCCAUCAAAGUUUUCAGGUCAAUUUGAUGGUUUCCAUCAGAAAGGUGAUGCCUUUGGAGGGAAAGCGUGGCUUCAUGAGGAGGUCCCAACCCCACCAGUCGCAAGCUUUGAUGGGCUUCUGGAGCAAAGCUUACGUUUCCAUGGAGUCCUACCAGAAGCAGUUAUGAAAGAUAAGUUUACCAAUAAUUUAGAGCCAAUAUUCCCAAUUUUUCGAUGCUCUGGGCCAACUAAAGAAGGCUUUCUGUUCAAAAGUCCAUUCUCUGUGCCCAUUAAAGAUGGAAAGAGUGAUAUGGCUACAGGCGUUCGCCACAGAGAUGUUGGGACUGAGAUGACCCCAACAGGCAGCUUGGCUACUUCAAGAUGUCAUACUCCUUUCAAAAGAUCUUCUCCAGCGAGACACAACACUCCGGCUGACAGAUCUGGCCUUUUGGUGUCUCCUAGCACCGGCAUAGAUAUUUCUAAGCUUAAGGACUGUCACUUUGCUAAGCUAGAGUUCGGUGCUCAUUUUAAUUCUGCAAUUUGGAGCUCAAGGGAAGAGGAGGAAGAUGAGAUAUCGAAAAGUUUGAGACAUGACGAGGUUGGUGGUGGAAGAAAGAGUUUUGCUGAAUCGAAAACCUUGGCAUGGGAAGAUGACGAGAGGGCCAAAAUCUGUAUCAGAUAUCAAAGAGAAGAAGCAAAGAUCCAAGCAUGGAUAAACCUUGAGAGUGCUAAAGCAGAAGCCCAGUCCAGAAAGCUGGAGGUCAAAAUACAGAAGAUGAGAUCUGAUUUAGAAGAGAAGCUGAUGAAAAGAAUGACAAUGGUUCAAAGAAGGGCCGAGAAGUGGAGAGCAGCAGCACAACAACAUCAUUCACAGCAGCUACUAAGAGCAUGUGAACAAGCACAGGGAAUGAAAAGCCAAUUCAACUCUUAUUUGUCUAACCAUACACCCUGUGGAUGUUUUCCUUGUAACAACUUAUAAAGCAAAAAAAAAAA